CCAACACCAAUGGAAAAACUCCUCUUACUGAUAAAUCAGGAGUCCUCAGGCUCGAUGGAAAUGGACAAUUAGUACUUAGGAAUGGUAUUGGUAGCAUAAUUUGGUCUUCAAGCUCCCCGAGAGCCGAAAAGAAAGUUGAGGCUCAGUUACAAGAUACUGGGAAUCUUGUUCUUGGCUACCAAGAUGAUACUGAGCCAAAGGCCUAUCUUUGGCAAAGUUUUGAUCAUUUUGGGAACACCCUUUUACAGGGGAUGAGAUUGGGGCAGGAUUUAGGCAAUGGUGUAGACCGCUAUCUCACGUCGUGGAGAAGUGCUGAUGAUCCUAGUCCAGGAAAUUACACUAUGAGGGUGAGUCUCGAUGGCCCCCCUCAGAUACUUGUGAGGAAUGGUUCGGCUGUGCAAUUCAGGUUUGGACCAUGGGAUGGUGUUAAAUUUAGUGGAACCUCCUUUGAUAAUCCAGACCCGAAUUUCAUUUCCAACUUUUAUUCCCAGCAGACAGAAAUUUAUUACCAGUUCGAUGUUCGUAGUGAUUCUGUUACUAUUAGAGGGGUUAUAAACCCGGAUGGGAAUGUACAGGUUCUUCUAUGGGCUAAUGAAACUCAGACUUGGAAAAACUUGCAGACUACUCAGAAGGAUAUUUGUGACCUCUAUGCAACUUGCGGACCAAACGGUUUCUGCAACAUUGCCAAAGCUAGCUCAGGAAAUGGUGUGUGUGAUUGUGUGGAAGGAUUUGUGCCAAAGAAUCCUGAAAGAUGGAGAACAGGUGAUUGGUCUGGUGGAUGUGUGCGGAGAACUGCAUUAAGCUGUGGGACUGGGGAUGGUUUUUUUACUUUGCUGAAUCGAAAAUUGCCUGAUACGCGUGGUUGCUGGUUUAAUCAGUCCAUGAACCUUGAGGAGUGUAGGAUCAAAUGCUUGAACAAUUGCUCUUGUACAGCUUAUUCAACUAUAGAUAUCAGAGAACGUGGAGUCGGAUGCAUAAUAUGGCUUAAAGAUUUGAUCGAUACUAGGGACUACAAGUUGGAUGGGGCAAAUCUAUUCGUAAAAGUUGCUGCUUCAGAAUUAGGGUCGUACAAAAGAUCAAGAAAAAAGCGGAAACUGGUGAUCAUAGUCAUUGCUGUGGCAUCAUUAGUACUGAUAGUACUACUUGGCAUGCUUCUCAGAUAUGUGUUGAUGAAGAGAAAGCAGAGGAGAAACGCAUUUACAUUCAAUUCAGUUGGUGACCCCAACAACAAAGACAAGGACGAGGAGUUGGACUUGCCGUUAUUUGACUUCCCGGUUAUAGCAAAUGCUACUAAUCACUUCUCCGAGAAGAGUAAGCUUGGAGAGGGCGGAUUUGGAUCCGUCUACAAGGGCGUUAUGAAAGAUGGGCAAGAAAUCGCUGUUAAAAGACUGGCAAAGGAUUCGAGACAAGGACUAACUGAGUUCAAAAAUGAAAUUUCAUGCAUAGCCAAACUUCAACAUCGAAACCUCGUGAGGCUUCUAGGUUGCUGUAUUGAGAAAGACGAAAUGUUGCUGAUAUAUGAGUACAUGCCCAACAACAGUUUAAAUUAUCUGCUUUUUGAUAAAGAGAGAAAACGACAAUUGGAUUGGCCAAUACGCUACAACAUCAUAAAUGGUAUCGCUAGAGGGCUUCUCUACCUUCACCAGGACUCGAGACUGAGGGUCAUCCAUAGAGAUCUGAAAGCCAGCAAUGUUCUACUUGACUCUGAAAUGAAUCCAAGAAUUUCAGACUUCGGAUUAGCUAGAAUUUUUUGGGGAAGUGAAAGCGAAUCAAAUACAACAAAAGUGGUUGGCACAUACGGCUACAUGUCUCCAGAGUAUGCACUUGAUGGAAUAUUCUCCGUUAAAUCUGAUGUUUAUAGCUUCGGUGUGUUACUCCUCGAGAUAGUAAGUGGGAUGAAAAUGAGAGGGUUCUAUCACUUAGAUCCCAACCUUAACCUUCUUAGCCAUGCAUGGAGACUCUAUGAAGAAGAAAGAUGUUUGGAGCUGCUUGAUGAGGCCGCGAUGGAUUCAUAUAACCAAUCUGAAGUUUUCCGAACUGUUCAGAUUGGCUUAUUGUGUGUACAACCAUAUCCAGAAGACAGGCCAACCAUGUCCAUGGUGGUUUUGAUGCUGAGUAGUGAUAUUCAACUGCCUCAGCCUAAACAGCCCACCUUUUUUACCGAAAGGAAUCAAUUUGCAUCAGAAUUCAGUAAGGUCUCUGAAAUGUCUUCAUCAGUUAGUACUAGUAGUGUAUUCACUCCUAGGUAGCAUACACUGGCUCAAUUAUUUUAUUUUAUGAUUUUCGAGUUUGUAUAAUGCCUGUCAAUUUUUCUUUGCAUUCGAGCCAUUUCAUUUUGAAAGCAUUGAACUGUAAGAUUCAUUAACCAUGUACAUAAUUAUUGUAAUUUUUUUCUGCUUUGGUAA